ACUCAACCUCAGGGCGUUCAACAAGGAACCUUUGGAUUACUGUCUUGUGGUUGACCAUAUUUGGACUAAUACUUCAUCUCAAAGAAUCACGGGGAUACCUGCGGCCGUUGAAGAUUUUCUUUGGGGGAAACUACACCCUCCCAAAAACCAGAUAGCUUCGAAUAAUAACCGAAAGAACUUUUGAAACGGAAAGUGCACGGCCAACACGAGCAGACAUGUCUUGUUUUGUGAUGUUUCGCUUCCUUGCUGUCGGAGACACACUCAGCAGGGGACCUUGAACUCGGUCUACUUCAACUGUAUUUAUAAAGUUAAACAUCGAAGGGAAAACCUCCAAAGAGAAGACAAAAGAGUAAUAAAAGCAACUUCAAUCCACUUUUGAGCUUCAUUUCUUAAAAAAAAAAGACCACAAUAAAUCGUGUAAUAAAAAAAUAAAAACAAUGGCGCUCACCACCGUUAACAUCGCGACCCUAUACUCGUCGGCGCAGUGCGUGCUUUCGGUCGUCGGGUCUGUGGGCGUGAUCUUGCUCUUCGCCGGGAUUCCACAGCUCAUCUACUCCGACGUCAUCAGCGUGGCGAACCUCCUGACGUUUAUUCUAGGAGCGGUUCUCAUCACGACGAUGGUAGCCGGCAACUCCUUCCUUAAUUACAAGUACCGCAGAAUCACGAGGGCGGCGCAGGAGAGCGGGCGUGACAGUUCCGAGGCGGGUACAUCCCAGGCAGACACAGAGGACAAGCCACCCAGCUACGACGCCAUCCUAGACUCCGACGGCCUUCCCCCUAACUACUACAGCGUGGUCUCUGAGAAACCGCCGAGAUACGAAGACAUUGUCGGGGGAAGAUGCACAGAAGCCAGCUCGGAGACGCAGCCACAAUGCGAGCCGAGUCAGGCAGCCACGGAACCUCCUCCGCUCGAGAUCAUCCAGACUCCAGCAGAGGUCAACGUCGUACUGCAAGAGGGACAGCCCAAGAGCAUCGUCCUAGACCACAGAGAAACGUCCUCCUCCGCCGCCGCACCGAAGGACGUUGUUAGCAAGCUCGGGUGCGAGAAUCCCUCCUUCGACAGACAGGAGACAGAUGUCGCGGAGGCUACGUGUACUCGCCUCAACGAAUCGGAGUCGUAGAAGAGGAUAGUGCAAAGUGGCCUGUUGGUUUUAGACGGGCAGGUUCAAAGAGGGGAAAAGCAAUGACGACGGUCCUGUUUGAUAAUUGUGCAAUAAUACUUGUAACAACGAAAUAAGGGAAAUGGGAAUUGCAGUAGGUCAUGGCAGACGGAAGACCUGUGACGAUAGCCUGCGUGGUUGUCCUUUUCUUAGACACAGAAAGACCUGUGACGAUAGAC